AUGGCCAGGAAACCACGAAGUCAGGUUCUGGAUGAUGGCAAGAGCAGGAAAAGGAUUCUGAAACCGGUUGUUGAAAAGAAGAGAAGAGAUCGAAUAAAUCAAAGUCUUGCUGAACUGAGAGGUUUGCUGUUGAAUCACAUGUCUGAUCCACGACUGCAGAAUCCCAAAAUAGAGAAAGCUGAGAUUUUGGACUUGACUGUGGAAUAUCUUCGAAAGUGGACAAAUGGGAAGAACUUGAGUCAUGAGUCCACUGCUCGUUCUCUUUUCACCAUGGAGAGUGCAGGUUUUCAGCAGUGUAUGGCCCAGCUGGGCAGUUACAUGCACAAAAUAUCACCGGCACAGAGAACAAGCCUGACUGAGGGGCUGAACCGUCACACAGAGACCCAGCAGCAGAAACCAGACUUCACCCGGAAAGUGCCCGAAACUGACACAGCAUCUGUGGAUGCAAUUUGCACAUCUGAGAGAAAAGAAGAGUUUCCCACGUUGCUGUUUCCAUCACAUUCUUCAUUUCAGCCUCUGUCUUGCUCCACAUCGUGCCAUGAGUAUCUCUCCCCUCCUCCUUCCCCCUGGUUCUCGUCCCCUCUCCCCACAUAUGCCGUCUCUUCUCCUUUCCCAUCAUUUGCCUGUCACUUCUCCUUCCCCCCCAGCCUGUCACCUCCAUCUUCCAACACCUCCUUCUGUAGUUUCUCACCCACAGCCUCUCACUCUGGCACAUCUGCCUUCUACUCCCCUCCACUCACCACAGCGAGAACCCCUUCACACCCUGUGCUGAGAGAUGGAUCACCAAACGCUUCUGUGUCCGUGUGGAGACCUUGGUUUUGAUGAAGUGGAGCGGAGACCGACAAUCUGAGAACAGCAGAUCCACCUAGUGGAAACUAACUGCAA